AAUAGUUAUUAAGUUAAUAACUAGCCACAUAAAUUUGACACUAAAAAUUUAUUCACUUCACUGUUAACAGGUUUCGUAAUCACGGGAAUCCGCCUGUCAGCAAUAUUGUGUGUUUUUUACCAGCGCUUUUUAAAGUAUGGCUUUUUUACAGUGGAGGCGAUUCAACUUUUUUGAGAAGGAGGUUGUUAAAGAUAUUGAAUCUUCACAGGUAUUUGAAAAACUGAAAGAUAUAAAUGUUACUUGCACGACAAGUGGGAGGGGACAAAUAGUGUUAGGAGAUGUAGAAGGAAAUAUUUUCUUUUUAAAUCGACAGUUCCAGUUAAUAUCCUUUAAAGCAUAUGAACUAAAUGUUAGUCAUAUCGAGCAACUAAGAUUAAAUCCAAUUCUAGUUUCCGUAGGUGCAGAUGAACCAGGCAUAAAUCCUCUGAUCAAAGUAUGGAAUGUUGAAAAACCUGACAGACUAGGAAAACCUUUAUGUAUGAGAAUUAUAAGGCCUCAGAGUGUUACAUCAUCAGUUACGGCUUUUGCAGUGCAUGAGAAUAUGAAUUUUCUGGCUGUUGGAUUUGCUGACAGCAGCAUCUUAUUUGCUAGAGGAGACAUCACAAGAGAAAGACAGAGUAAGCAAAAGGUAUUCAAAGUUAGUUCAAGUGCCUUGACUGGUCUCGUAUUUAGGACACAAGGGAAACAGGUAUUUCUGUUUGCUGCUACAACAAAUGAAAUAUACUCUUUCAAUCUCUCUGUGAAAGAUAAAGAAACAAAAAUUCUUCUCGAUACUCAUGGAUGCUCGCCUAAAUGUUCUGUUAUCAGUGAUGCUAAACAAGAUCAUCAAUUUGUAAUUGGACGUCAUGAUGCAGUUUACUUUUAUCAGCAUGAUGGCAGAGGGCCAUGCCUAGCAUUUGAAGGGGAGAAAAUAUUAUUGCAUUGGUUUAGAAGUUAUUUAGUUGUUGUUGGAAAGGAUACUAAAGCUGUGCAUUCUUCUGCUAUAACUUCACCUCCAAUAGAGAUGAAUAUUGUUACAGUGUAUGAUAUACAGAACAAAUUUAUUGCUUAUUCUGCACCACUGCCUGCUGUUGUAGACAUUAUAUCUGAAUGGGGAUCAUUAUAUGUUCUUUCCCAAGAUGGAAAGCUAUUUAAUUUACAAGAGAAGGACACUCAAACUAAGCUUGACAUGCUAUUUAAGAAAAAUCAGUAUGCACUUGCUAUAAGUUUGGCUAAAAGUCAACAGUAUGAUGAAGAUGGUCUGAUAGAUAUAUUUCGGCAGUAUGGAGAUCAUUUGUACACUAAGGGGGAUCAUGAUGGAGCUAUAGCACAAUACAUCAAAACCAUUGGAAAGCUGGAAGCCUCAUAUGUUAUUCGAAAAUUUCUUGAUGCACAGAGAAUUCACAAUUUAACAGCUUAUUUACAAGCUCUUCAUAAAAAAGAUUUAGCAACUGAAGAUCAUACAACAUUAUUACUCAACUGUUACACAAAGUUGAAGGACAUAUCAAAACUUGAUGAAUUUAUCAUGACCAAAGACCAUGAAAUUCAUUUUGAUGUCGAAACAGCUAUGAAAGUUUGCCGGCAAGCAGGUUAUUAUAAACAUGCUUUGUAUUUAGCUGAACAUCAUGACCAACAUGAAUGGUAUUUAAAAAUUCUUCUCGAAGAUCUGAAAGAUUACGAUAAAGCAUUAAAGUAUAUAGCAAAAUUAGAUUUUGAAGCAGCUGAGGGAAAUAUGAAAGCAUAUGGUAAAGUACUUAUGACAGAAGUACCAGAGCAAACAACACAAUUGCUAAAACGCUUGUGUACAGAUUACAGCUCCAGUGAGUCAAUUUCUGAAAAAUGUUGUUCUUCAAAUCCGGAAGAAUUCAUACAUAUUUUUGUAAACAAUUCGGAAAGGUUAUUGGAAUUUCUUGAACAUAUGAUAAAAAUCCGUCCCACAUCAUCUAGUCUUGUGUAUAACACAUAUCUUGAAUUAUGUCUUAAAACGUAUGGCAAAGAAACUAAUCCUGUAGCUAAAAAGAAAAUUGAAUUAAAAAUAAUGGAUAUGUUGCGAAAUUCUGAAGCAAGUUACAAUAUCAACCAAGCUCUUGUUUUAUGUCAGAUGAGUGAUUUCAAAUCUGGUAUCUUGCAUUUAUAUGAAAAAGCAAAACUGUAUCAGCAGAUUAUUUUUUAUCAUAUAGAAAAUAGGGACAAUGAUGCUAUAAUGAAGACCUGUGAGCGAUUUGGAAGUAAUGAUCCAAACCUCUGGGUUCAAGCCCUGUGGUUUUUCUGUCAGCAGGAAAGAAAUCAGAAGCCCUACAUACUUACCAUUCUGAAUGAAGUUGAGAAAAAUAAUUUGCUAUCACCUAUCUUAGUAGUAGAUAUAAUGGCAAAGAGUCACACUGCUACUUUAGAUUUAAUUAAAGACUACAUAAUAAGAUAUUUACAAAAAGAAAAUGAUCAAAUUUCAGAAGAUGAGCGUUUAAUUAAACAGUACAGAGAAGAAACUGAAAAAAUGAGAAAUCAAAUGGAAGAACUGAGGACUAAUGCUAAAAUAUUUCAAGUUUCCAAAUGUAGUGGCUGUACCCAUCAGUUAGAACUACCUUCUGUACAUUUUCUUUGUGGGCAUUCCUAUCAUCAGCAGUGUUUUGAGAGUUACAGUGCUGAGCAUGAUUCAGAAUGCCCAUUAUGUUUAACUGAAAACCAGAAAGUGCUAGGGAUUAUAAGAGCUCAAGAGCAAAAUAAAGACCUUCAUGAGCAGUUUCAUCAUCAGUUGGAAAGAGCUGAUGAUGGAUUUUCAGUAGUUGCUGAUUAUUUUGGACGAGGUGUAUUCAAUAAAGUCACAAUUGUUACCGAUUCAGCUCGUCCUGCUGCUAAAAGUGUUGACAGUCUUAAUCCAUUUUAUGCAGACAUGUAGACAUAAGUAUUGUAUUUAACAAUGAGGUAAAAUAUUAUGUAAAAUAAUUUGUAUUGAGUGCAUAUGAUAGAUUUUAGCUGAUUGCUAAGUACUUUGAAAAAUUAUGUUUGCUAAGGCCACAUCUGUUAAGUAUUUUUUCAUUUUAUAAAUAUAAAUAAAUCAGAAUAGGGCAAUUGUUAUAUUUAAAGUACUCCAGAAGUGAAUUAUUGUAUAUCAUUUGUACAGAUCAGAUGUUAAAUCAGAUUAUUAAAUUGCAAAUUUCCAAUUUU